UACUGUGUGUAACGCAUGGGCUAGAGAAUGCUGCCAUUUUGCUUCUCACAACAUCCAUGUCAAGCUUUGCUCUACAGCAGCUAGCAGAUACUACAUCUACAAACUUGUGAAGCCAUCUACGUGCCAUCUUGGUUACUGUGCAGAGGUUACUGAAAGUGGUUAUUCCACACCAGCACCUGAAGACUAUUCCACAUCAUCACCUAUUUUACCAACUUUCGAUGGUGAGACGACCGGACCCAACCCCCCCCCAAACAACGGCAGCGGGGCCAGUAGAAGAGGGGGAGGUCCGUCUGGCGAACGGUGGUAACAGCUCCUGCUCUGGCAGAGUGGAAAUCUUCCACCGUGGGCAGUGGGGGACAGUAUGUGACGACAUCUGGGACCUGAAGCAUGCGCAAGUGGUGUGCAGGCAAUUGGGCUGCGGCAGGGCCCUGGCGGCCCUCGACAGGGCCCACUUUGGACAGGGCAGAGGGCCCAUUUGGCUGGACAACGUCAGAUGCACGGGAAGUGAAGCAAAGCUGGGUGAGUGCGGUCACCAAGGGAUUGGAUCGCACAACUGUGGCCACAAUGAGGAUGCUGGAGUGGUUUGUGAAGCUGCUUCACCCGUGAGACUGGUCAACUCUGGCAGACGCUGCUCCGGAAGAGUUGAGGUCUACCAUAAUGGACAGUGGGGGACUGUGUGCGACGACAUUUGGAACCUCCCCAACGCCAACGUGGUGUGCAGACAGUUGGACUGCGGCGAGGCUCGUUCAGCACUGCACAGUGCAGCCUUUGGACAGGGCACCGGACCCAUCUGGUUGGACGAUGUCCGUUGUUUUGGAAAUGAAACCUCAAUAACAAGUUGCAGACAUCGUGGAUUUGGGAGACACAAUUGUGUUCACAGGGAGGAUGCCGGUGUUGUUUGCGAAGACAAGCAACCAUCACUCAGACCUUCUCACCUUAUUUGUGGCCCUGACAAAAUCCAAGUGGGUCUGAAUUCAGCGAGCAUAACCAGCGCUGGUUACAACCCGCUCUCUGGCAACCUGGCAGUCUACAACUGUUCAAGGGUCAGGGUGCAAGGUGGUGUUGUGUGGUACGAGGCUGACGCUAAGGCAAAUGCCUGCGGAAACGUGCUGACGACCAACCGUACACAUGCCAUCUACUCCAACAGUUUAUUCAUUUACCCAUUGAACAAUGGAUCUUUCUCUCCCGCUGUGAAGCUUCCUUUCUCGUGUGCUUAUCCCUUGGACACAGAGAGCAGGCUGAAUGUUGCCGUCAGGCCGUUCCUGGAACUGGAAGGUGGUAGUGUUGGCUCAGGUGUCAAAGCCAGAGCCUCCAUGGUCCUGUUCCGUAACUCCAACUAUACAGAGCCUUAUUCAGCGGGUCCGGUGGUCCUUCCAGUGGGCUCACCAUUGUAUGUGGGGGUCUCUGUGGACAAAAACGAUCCCAGCUUGGCAGUUGUUUUGGAGGAUUGCUUCGCCUCCCACUCCUCAAACCCUGCAAACCCCGAGCGAUACACUCUCAUCCGCAACAAAUGUCCCGCUGACCGCCAGCAAGUGUCAGUGGCUGAGAGCGGCUCAUCCCUCCGCGCUCGUUUCGCUGCCCUGUUCUUCCUGCUUCAGGGGGAAUACCGAGAUGUUUACCUGCACUGUAGCCUCAGCUUGUGUGACCGGAGGAGGUACUCUUGCAUUCCGCCUUGCACAAGGAGAGUACACCGAUCUGUCUCGAACUCUGGUGUAAUGGAGCCACUCAGCAUUGGGCCGAUCACUUGGGAUCAAUUAGAGGAGGAAGGUCAACAAAGGGCCAAUAUGGGGAUACCUAGUGAAGUUUUACUGUUCCUGGUUUUGCAGCUCGUGACAAGAGGAUCAGGUACAGUUGUUUCCAGCUGUGGUGCGUGCCAUGAAAAAGCAACGUGCCAAGAGUCACAGAUAAGAGGCGACGACUUCCCCGGCUUCUCCUGCGUCUGCAAAGAUGGCUUUGUCGGCGAUGGUCUCACUUGUUACAAUCGCUUAGCGUGCGCCGAUGGCUCUUGUUGUGAGCGAGGCUAUGAGUGGGCACCCGACAGUGGCUGCGUGGACACUGACGAGUGCUCGCUUCCCGACUCACCCUGCACGGCACCUCUGGUUGUUUGCCAAAAUACACCGGGCUCUUAUGAAUGCCUAGCUCCCGCCGCACGCUCCAGAUCCGGCCCUUCCUCACAAUCGGUCCAGUUCCUUUGCGGAAAUAUAACGUGUCCAGCGGGGAUGGACUGCAUUGAAAAUACAUGCACUGACCCCUGUGAGAGCUACACCGUCCUGAAUGAUGACUGGCGUUCGACACAACAUGGAAUGUUAUCACCUGCAAAGUGUGACAGAAAUGUUGAGUGGCAAGGCUGGUAUCGCUUAUUUCUUGGACGAGAUGAUGCACAUAUUCCUGAAGGAUGUGUCCAUGGAUUCAAGUGCGGAACCCAUAUCACCAUCUCACUAAAUGAACCUCAUCCCACGCAGUCUGAUGUCAUAGUAACUCGUCCUGUGUGUAAUACCUGGAGUGACGAUUGCUGCCAUUUUAACUCACAACGCAUCCACGUGAAGCUCUGCUCGAGAGCAGCUUCCAGCUACUACGUCUACAAACUUGUGAAGCCUCCCACCUGUCAUUGGGCAUACUGCGCAGAGGUUAACGAGACAAGUUAUUUUACAACACCCGAACCUGAUGGUUCUGGAUUGGCGCCAACAACAAUCACCACCGAAACGACAACUCAUGCCAUUGAGACAACGACAGAAGCUCACAGAAAUUCAACGGCAACAACACCAGUGCAGCCAGGAAAAGAGGGGGAGGUCCGUCUGGCGAACGGUGGUAAUAGCUCCUGCUCCGGCAGAGUGGAAAUCUUCCACCGUGGGCAGUGGGGGACAGUAUGUGACGACAUCUGGGACCUGAAGCAUGCGCAAGUGGUGUGCAGGCAGUUGGGGUGCGGCAGGGCCCUGGCGGCCCUCGACAGGGCCCACUUUGGACAGGGCAGAGGGCCCAUUUGGCUGGACAACGUCAGAUGCACGGGAAGUGAAGCAAAGCUGGGUGAGUGCAGCCACCAAGGGAUUGGAUCGCACAACUGUGGCCACAAUGAGGAUGCCGGAGUGGUUUGUGAAGCUGCUUCACCCGUGAGACUGGUCAACUCUGGCAGACGCUGCUCCGGGAGAGUUGAGGUCUACCAUAAUGGACAGUGGGGGACUGUGUGCGACGACAUUUGGAACCUCCCCAACGCCAACGUGGUGUGCAGACAGUUGGACUGCGGCGAGGCUCGUUCAGCACUGCACAGUGCAGCCUUUGGACAGGGCACCGGACCCAUCUGGUUGGACGAUGUCCGUUGUUUUGGAAAUGAAACCUCAAUAACAAGUUGCAGACAUCUCGGAUUUGGGAGACACAACUGUGUUCACAGGGAGGAUGCCGGUGUUGUUUGCGAAGACAAGCAACCGUCACUCAGACCUUCUCACCUUAUUUGUGGCCCUGACAAAAUCCAAGUGGGUCUGAAUUCAGCGAGCAUAACCAGCGCUGGUUACAACCCGCUCUCUGGCAACCUGGCGGUCCGCAACUGUUCAAGGGUCAGGGUGCAAGGUGAUGUUGUGUGGUACGAGGCUGACGCUAGGGCAAAUACCUGCGGAAACGUGCUGACGACCAACCGCACACAUGCCAUCUACUCCAACAAUUUAUUCAUCUACCCAUUGAACAACGGAUCCUUCUCUCCCGCUGUGAAGCUUCCUUUCUCGUGUGCUUAUCCCCUGGACACAGAGAGCAGGCUGAAUGUUGCCGUCAGGCCGUUCCUGGACCUGGAAGGUGGUAUUGUUGGCUCAGGUGACAAAGCCAGAGCCUCCAUGGUCCUGUUCCGUAACUCCAACUAUACGGAGCCUUAUUCAGCGGCUCCGGUGGUCCUUCCAGUGGGCUCACCAUUGUAUGUGGGGGUCUCUGUGGACAAAAAAGAUCCCAGCUUGGCAGUUGUUUUGGAGGAUUGCUUCGCCUCCCACUCCCCAAACCCUGCAAACCCCGAGCAAUACUCUCUCAUCCGCAACAAAUGUCCCGCUGACCGCCAACAAGUGUCAGUGGCUGAGAGCGGCUCAUCCCUCCGGGCCCGUUUUGCUGCCUUGUUCUUCCUGCUUCAGGGGGAAUACCGAGAUGUUUACCUGCACUGUAGCCUCAGCCUGUGUGACCGGAGGAGGUACUCUUGCGUUCCGCCUUGCACAAGGAGAGCCCGACGCUCUGUCUCAAACUCUGCUCCGUUGAAGCCACUCACCAUUGGCCCGAUCAUUUGUAAGCAUACUCACUCAGGGAUCAAGCUUUAUGUUGACUAAAUAGAAUACGUAACA